GGAGAAAAAAUUUAAUUUUAAUUAACAAAUACGGCUAUAAUUUCUUUCUCUAGAUUAUCGCGUCGUAUAAUACAACUAUAAUGUAAAGGAAAGUUUAGGUGGUGACGCGGAACGUCAGUAUUACGUACGUAAUGCCCGUAAUACCCGGCGUGUUCUAGAUGUUUUAGCCACCGACAUCGAUCCCAAGUACGGGGUGUUGUAAAAGUAUGCGACAGGGCGUCGGCGACAACUGUCACGUCGCGACGCCGCUGUCGCGACAUGCUCGCGAGUAAAACGAGCAAAUCGUCGCGCGCGCGAGCAAUAACAGUCACGAUAACACGAGGGUAUCGCGGAUGAUAAUUCGGUGGAAUCAGAGACAGACGUAAUCGCCGAGAGAGCAGCUUAUACCACAGAUACCGUGCACGAAUCCGCGUUGUUGUCGGCGUAUAGAAGCAUUCCGGUGAAUAAUUCGAGAGCGAAGAUGGCCUUCGGAAAAGUUACAAAAGUAAAGACUUGUGCAGUUGCGACUUUAAAUCGUCUAACAUUAAAUGUCGCUGGGUCAUCAUCAAGGAAUAAAACAGCCCGUGAGAUAUAACGAGCUUCGACAGAGAAGACUCUGGUUGGUAUCAUUAACGUUAUCCCUCCAAAAAAAAAAAGUGAAUUAUUGAUAAAAAUCGCGAAUAAUUAAGAACACCGUUCUCUAUUUAAUCGUGAGAUUUAAAUGCCCUUUAAAAUUCGUCCUAUGAAUAUAUAUAUAUAAAUAUAAAAUGAUUGAUAUCUAGUCAAUACAUGAUUAAUAACAAAUUUGUGCAUCUUUCUUGUGGUCUUUCUAAUAUAUCGGGGAAAAUCGGAGACGACGAGUCGUAGAUUCAAAUAACGUUAACGAUGAGUUCUGAAGAUUGUCAAGAAUCUGUCUGCGAAUGCAACAAGCGAAUGCAUUAUUGGAGCAAGCGACUUGACCUGAGAAGAAGUGGAUCAGAAGCACGGAUGCGUUACGAGUGCUCCACGAUUAAUACGAAUACUCGGCAGAUGCCUCGGCAUGUCUCGGAAGGCAACAACGUCUAAAAUUCUAUUUACCAUAUGCUAAUGAUCGCGCGAUCAGGCAGCAGCACGAAACAAGUUCUGACGGCUAUCGGUCGACCUGCUGGAGUAACAAUGACACGCGCGUCUCACGCGCGAGCAAACCCGCCGACGGGUAUCCGUGAAGCCGAGCAGUCGUUCGGACGGGAGCCCCGGCUCUACAUCUGAGUUACGAUUCGGCUACGAGGAUCCCCCCGAGCGAUCUAACCGGUCGUAAUGCACAGUCGAUCGUGCUCGGGGGGAGAGGAGAGAGGUGUGUAUCCGGUAGAUUUUUUCGACAAAAGGCGUUUCCGGAAACGGUAGAUUCCUUUUCGAGACAAUCAACGAUCUCGGAGCAACACGGAUGAUUGAAAUUCUCUCGAUCUUCGUGGGUGAUAACGAGUGAUUGGUAGUAACACGUACGACACGUUAUUAUAUCAUCAAUAACUCGAUCUACGAGAUACAAUCGGUGAGCCUAUUAACAAGGCGAUUGAGAGAUAACUACCACUUUAAAGAGGAGAAAGGUAAAAAUAAUUAAUCUUAGCGACGUUAAUUAGUCGCAUUCCAAUCCUAUUAAAUCAAGAGAGACACGCGAUUGAGAUCGACAUCGACGGGUGGAAAGACGAGAACAAGAUAAUGCAGAAGAUAGCGGUGAUGGCCGCGGUGCAAAAGGCCCACGGCUAUCAUAACGGCAGCAACGCUUACGGGGAUGCGAGUAACGCCUCACCGGAGUAUAACGGCUCCUCGUCAACCAGCAAAAGCGGUCGCUUCGACGCAGAUCUGCACGGCAAUGUUAACAUCCUUCUUGGUGGCGCCAUGAUCAGCGGUGUGAUCAUGAUGGUGGUGCUCAUAUGCUAUUGCUGUCACAAAAACGUCCGGAAGCAUCGACCGCAGGAAUACUCGCAGUACUGGAGAGCCGAACCGGACAUUCACAGUCUGGAAGUCUUCACCAUGGAUACACACUGCAUCGAGAGAUCGGUAACGUCUCAGACCCAUCAGGAUGAGGGAAUGACCGUGUCUCUUCCGCCGUGUUCUGUGACCUCAGGCCCGCCACCGGCCUACGAAAGCCUCAUCUUCGACCCUCGGGCACUACCCUCGCCGACCGACAAGAAGGACGAGUCUGACGAUCCGGGCAAUAUUAUCUCACCCCCGAUAAGCAGCUUGCCCACCGAGUCGGAGGCCAACAGGAUUAACAAACGGGAGGAUAUCCCGAGGGACGAUCAGGGUUUACCUUCCUACGAAGCCGCCCUAAAAUUAGAAGCUGACGGCUACGUUUAAGAAACGAAUAAGGGUUCGCCGGAACUACUUCGAUCGUGGAUCUCCAAUCGUGAAAAUUUCCAGAGACCUUGGAUAAAACGCCAAGUCAUGGAUAUCAAGGAAAAAUUCCAUAAUCGACAAGGUGACUCAGUCGACUGUAGGCGAUCGGCUGUCGCCAGCUGAAAUUAAGUCUCGCGAAAGCAUCUGUGAGAGAAUGGCGCAAGGAACUGAGAUUGAUUUUUAAUCGAGGAAAUGGAAGAAGAAAGAAGAGAUAGAUGAUUGAGUAAAUUUUCCAUGUAGAUUUGUGAAUCGAAGACAAGUUGCGAAAGAAAUUUCAAUUUUUAGAAAGGAACUAUUUUCAUCUGCGUGUGAAUUAAGACGCACGAAAGUACGGAAUAAUUUUAAUCAAAGAGAUGUAAAAAGAGGAGAAAAUAGUUUUAAAUAAGCUUUUUUUAGAGUGAAAAAAAAGACAUUGGACGUUAUAUCAAAAAUAUUCUAAAAAUUUUAGAACAUUAUUCUCCUCUUGCCUUAUUGAAUGAUUCUAAUUCUUAACGAUAGAAUGGUAGAGCGUAAAACUACAAAAGAUAAAGUGCCUGAACAUAUAUCCUUUUUCGAAACGUGUGUAAACGGAGGACAAGAUGAAAGAAAAACGACGAAGUAAUUUUUCGAAAGUACGUACUGUUUUUCUUUCUGUCUUGUCUGAGUAAAACAACACAUAAAAUCUUUGAGAGUGACUUUUCAUCUACAAGAUGUAAUAAGAAAAUUUUCAGAAGAUGUAAUACCUCGACUUUUCUAUUUUUCGAUAAUCUCUAUGAUUAAAUGUGUCGAUAAUAUUUUAAAUAUAGGAGAAAAAACGCGUCGUAGAAAUGUACAGAUAUACAAGAUAUCGAUUUAUAGAAUGCGAAAUAUAUAUAGAAUGCGCCGAAAUGUAGCACAAGUUAAUGUCAGUAUAUAUGAAAACGUUGGUAAGUCGCGGCCUCAGGCAAUGAACAGAAAGACCUAAUUUCGCAGAUAAUUACAUUUUAUAGAUGUUAAGAAGGAGAAUACUUAACGGCAUAUUUUUCCCGGUCGGUCAUUAGUUUAAGAGAGCAAAAGCGGACAUAGAAACGCAGCACCGUUAGAUUACAGUUUCCGUUUGAAUAAACAAUGCGCAUCGCUAUAACGUAAAUGAUACUUCGUGUAAUGCGCGCACGACAUCGCGAAAUUUAUGCGGUGUUUCGCUAGGAAAACGCUUCGAAACAUACCAUUUUACGUAGAACUUUCCUCUGUAUGAUAGAUGAAUAUGUAAAUAAAUAGCUGUGCAUUCAAUAUGCAUUUUUAGGCGUG